AUUUAUAUGACCGCGAUGACAACCGGCCGGCGCCAGUUCGUUGAUCUUCACGUCCCGUUCGUGUGCUCCGGUAUCCCUGAUCGAAACUGUGUGUACCGGCCCUCGCCUGUUCUCCGACCAACCUUUCACAGAACCCGCGUGAGAGCCUCGCCGCACGCCAGCCCGACCUCUGAGUUUGACCUCUGAGUAUCCCCGAGAAGGCCGUCCGUCCGUCCGUCCAGUCGGCGGCCCGCCCUUGGCGACAUGGCCAACAGCUCGUUCCGCGCCUCCAAACAUGGCCGCCGGGGCUCCGCCUACCUGGAGGGCGAGUUCAGCUGCUCGCUCCAGGAGCUGCGCUCGCUCAUGGAGCUGCGGGGCGACGACGCCAACAACAGGAUCCGACAGAACUACGGCGACGUCAACGGGCUCUGUGCCAGACUCAGAACUUCCCCUCUCGAAGGUCUGGACGGUUCGUGGGAGGAGCUGGGGCGUCGGCGGCAGGCGUUCGGCCCCAACGUCAUCCCCCCCAAGAAGCCAAAAACCUUUGUGCAGUUAGUGUGGGAGGCGCUGCAGGAUGUGACGCUCAUCAUCCUGGAAGUGGCCGCCAUCAUUUCACUUGGCCUUUCUUUCUACCGACCGCCGCACGCCGACAGGGACAGCUGCGGUAGCGCGGCGGGCAGCGUGGGCGACGAGGGCGAGUCGGAGACGGGCUGGAUCGAGGGCGCCGCCAUCCUGCUGUCGGUGGUGUGCGUGGUGCUGGUGACGGCCUUCAACGACUGGAGCAAAGAAAAACAAUUCCGAGGCCUCCAGAGCCGCAUCGAGCAGGAGCAAAAGUUCAGCGUACUGCGCGCGGGGCAGCUGGCGCAGGUCAAAGUGUCGGACAUCGUCGUGGGCGACAUCGCGCACGUCAAAUAUGGCGACCUCCUCCCCGCCGACGGGAUCCUCAUCCAAGGCAACGACCUGAAGAUCGACGAAAGCUCCCUGACCGGCGAGUCGGACCACGUCAAGAAGAGUGCAGACAAAGAUCCGAUGUUGCUCUCAGGCACCCACGUGAUGGAGGGCUCGGGCAAGAUGGUGGUGACGGCCGUGGGCGUCAACUCUCAGAGCGGCAUCAUCUUCGCCUUGCUCGGCGCUAGCGAGGAAGCGGGCGAUGGCGACGAUGACAAGGCUGAGAAGGAGAAGAAGAAAAAGAAAGAGCGCAAGAAGAGGGAGAAAAAGGACAAGAAAAGUAAAAAAGACGAAAAAGGAAAGAAAGGGAAGAGCAAAGACGGCGCACCCGUGGAGAUGGAACCUCUCAACGAGGAUGCCGAACCAGAGAAGAAGAAGAGCCACCUGAGGAAGAAGGAGAAGUCGGUCCUCCAAGGGAAGCUGACCAAGCUGGCCGUGCAGAUCGGCAAAGCAGGUCUCUUCAUGUCAACGCUGACCGUCAUCAUCCUCAUCGUUCGCUUUCUCGUGGACACCUUCUGGAUUCAGGGAAUCGUCUGGACCAGCGAGUGCUUGCCCAUCUACAUGAAAUUCUUGGUCAAAUUCUUCAUCAUCGGUGUGACGGUGCUGGUGGUCGCCGUGCCUGAAGGUCUCCCUCUGGCCGUCACCAUCUCCCUGGCCUACUCUGUCAAGAAAAUGAUGAAGGACAACAAUUUGGUGCGCCACUUGGACGCCUGCGAGACGAUGGGCAACGCCACGGCCAUCUGCUCUGACAAGACCGGCACGCUGACCAUGAACCGCAUGACGGUGGUCCAGGCCUACGUGGCCGGCUGCUACCACAGGAAGGUGCCCGAGCCUAACCUGGUACCCGCCAAGAUCCUGGACCUGCUGGUUCUCGGGAUAGGGGUCAACUGCGCCUACACCACAAAAAUUAUGCCCCCCGAAAAGGAGGGCGGUCUUCCUCGCCAGGUGGGCAACAAGACAGAAUGUGCCUUACUGGGACUGACCUUGGACCUGCGGCGGGACUACCAGAGCAUCCGCAACAACAUCCCCGAGGAGAAGCUCUUCAAGGUGUACACCUUCAACUCGGUCAGGAAGUCCAUGAGCACCGUGCUCGAGAACCACGACGGCAGCUAUCGCAUGUUCAGCAAGGGAGCCUCCGAGAUCCUGCUCAGGAAGUGCUGCAAGAUCCUGACGGAAAAUGGCGUGGCCAAAGCCUUCAAGCCUCGCGACCGAGAGAAGCUGAUGAAGACAGUGAUCGAACCCAUGGCCUCCGAAGGCCUCAGGACCAUCUGUCUCGCCUACCGAGACUUCACUGCUGCCGACCAGCCGGACUGGGACGACGAAGCAGACAUCCUCACUGGACUCACUUGUAUCGCUGUGGUUGGCAUUGAAGACCCCGUCAGACCUGAGGUGCCGGACGCCAUCAGGAAGUGCCAGCGCGCGGGCAUUACGGUGCGCAUGGUGACGGGGGACAACAUCAACACGGCGCGCGCCAUCGCCAGCAAGUGCGGCAUCCUGCAGCCCGGGGACGACUUCCUGUGCCUGGAGAGCAAAGAGUUCAACAGACGCAUACGCAACCAGCUGGGCGAGAUCGAGCAGGAGCGUAUCGACAAAAUCUGGCCCAAACUCAGAGUCCUCGCCCGGUCGUCACCCACCGACAAACACACCCUGGUCAAAGGCAUCAUCGACAGCGCGGCGCUGGAGCAGAGGCAGGUCGUCGCGGUAACCGGGGACGGCACCAACGACGGACCCGCCCUCAAGAAGGCCGACGUCGGAUUCGCCAUGGGCAUCGCGGGAACGGACGUGGCGAAGGAGGCGUCGGACAUCAUCCUGACGGACGACAACUUCAGCAGCAUCGUCAAGGCCGUCAUGUGGGGCAGGAACGUCUACGACAGCAUCUCCAAGUUCCUGCAGUUCCAGCUCACCGUCAACGUGGUGGCCGUCAUCGUGGCCUUCACCGGCGCCUGCGUCACGCAGGUCCGGGUCCCCCGCCGGCCCCGGGUCACUUCGUCCUCUCACUCGCGUUGUCCCGCCGCCUCGCAGGACUCCCCCCUGAAGGCGGUGCAGAUGCUGUGGGUCAACCUGAUCAUGGACACGUUCGCCUCGCUGGCGCUGGCCACCGAGCCGCCCACCGAGGCGCUGUUGCUGCGCAGCCCGUACGGACGCAGCAAGCCGCUGGUCUCGCGCACCAUGAUGAAGAACAUCCUGGGCCACGCCGUCUACCAGCUGACCGUCAUCUUCACCAUGCUCUUCGUCGGCGAGCUGCUGCUGGACGUGGACUGCGGGCGAAACGCGCCGCUGCACGCGCCACCGUCGGAGCACUACACCAUGGUGUUCAACACCUUCGUGCUCAUGCAGCUCUUCAACGAGAUCAACGCUCGCAAGAUCCACGGCGAGAGGAACGUCUUCGAGGGCAUCCUCGACAACCCCAUCUUCUGCUCCAUCGUGCUCGGAACCUUCGUCAUUCAGGUGCUGAUCGUGCAGUUCGGAGGGAAACCCUUCAGCUGCGUGAGCCUGAGCGCCGAGCAGUGGCUGUGGUGCAUCUUGCUGGGCUUCGGCACCCUCCUGUGGGGUCAGCUGGUGUCCAGCGUGCCGACCCGCUGGCUGAGGUUCCUGAAGACGGCGGGCCACGGCACCAAGCAGGAGGAGAUCCCCGAGGAGGAGCUGGAGGAGAUGGAGGACCCCGACGAGAUCGACCACGCCGAGAUGGAGCUGAGGAGGGGCCAGGUGCUCUGGUGCCGGGGCCUGCAGCGCAUUCAGACGCAGAUCCGCGUGGUGAACGCCUUCCGCGACAGCGUGUCCCCCUACGAGAACCUGGAGACCCCCGAGUCUCGCAGCUCCAUCCACAACUUCAUGAGCCACCCCGAGUUCCGCAUCGACGACUCGGAGCCUCACAUCCCGCUCAUCGACGAGCUGGAGGGCGAAGACGACGCGCCCACCAAGCGCAACUCCGUGCCGGUCCCCAACAACACCGUCCCGGGGCACCCCCUGGUGCCGCCCCCGCCUCCUGCCCGGGCCGCGGGUUUCAUUUGCGCCAAUUCCGCGGGGCUGCCACCCUGUCCCGGAAGUCCUCUGCACAGCCUGGAGACCUCGCUUUGAGGCCAAAAACAAAACAGUCUCCUGAUUGGCUCACAACCAGGAAGCAAGAGUCUUUGCGUUAUUAGCCGUGAACUCUCGCAUGUGUGCUCUAGCGGAAGGCGAUCCCUAAUCGAUAAUCACUUAGAUAUUAAUGUGAUGGAUCCGUGACUUUGUGUGUGUAGACAGCCAAGUCGCUUGGUGAUUUCAUUGUAUUGUUUUGUGUUUUUGUAAAGAAAAAAAAAAAAAAAUAAAGGGUUUUAGGUCAUGCUUUUCACUAUUCAAAUGAAGCAAAAAUGCUCCAGCGCAUUCUUAAAUUUAAAAA